AUGCACUGCCAAACAACACCAGUGAAACCUCAGUCCGCCAACAUGAAGCUUAACUACAUUAAUUGUUUUUUUUCCCCUAUGAUCAUCUACUAUGCUCUUGCAGAUCUGAUGGUCACUGUGGCUGCAGCAGAAUCUCAACACGCCCUAACCUGCAACGUCACCCAACUCCAUGAUGGUUCAUUCCGCUAUCAGCUGUCCCGACCCUCCAGUUCAGCCCAGUGUGAGACAUGCUGGGAGGACCACAAUAAAACUGUCAUUGCGCGGGACUUUGAUUUUGAUCAAAAACUGGUCCAGAAUGUGACUGACCAGUUCAUCAUUCUGAAAGAAUGCAAGGACUAUCUUCACUACACGAAGGCCUGUAAGGUCUGGGAGGAAGCACAUUGCAGAGUGAACUGUACCCGUCUGUUGAGUCUGAAGGAUCCUCCCCUAAACACUGUCAACUCUACACUGUCCUGCAUCACCGAGAGUUGGUGUCCUGAAAAGCUGACUUUUGGUCUCGGUAUCGCUGGUAUCGUCCUUCUUCUAUCUGGUAUCUCCAUGGUUCUGUACUGCUGGAAUCGCUGCAAAUGCAGAGGAAGAGAAUUCACAGCCAUGAGAGCAUCAUACACUCCUGCAACCCUGCAGAUUCAGAGGGAGAGAGAUAACGUGGUGGUGAUAAAGAUUCCACAAGACUACACUGGCUAACGGAUAAAAACCAACGACCUCGGGUAUAAAUGUGGCCACUGUUUUUUAUAAGGCCCAUAUAUGUACGAUUAUUAUUAAUGAAAAUAAAAUAAUAUUUUUUAGUAGUCAUUGAGUGCCUUAAUGACUAGUUAUAUAUGGCUAAAUAUUUAUAUAUAUAUAUACAGUAUAUAUAUUUUACAAUUUUAUAUAUUUUAUAAAUGAUAAAGCCACAGAGAGAGGAAGUGGAAAUAAAUAUAUGUAUAUAUAUGCAUAUUAUACUGCAACUGAUAUAUCAAUUUAAUGUUUAUUAAGAUAAAAUUACGGUUUUAUGAGUUCAAACUUGUUAAAGGCCAAUGAAAAAGAAAAAAAAACUGUUUUUAUUUUUUUUUUAAUCAGAAUUUUGGGUUUGGGUUUGUUUUUUAUUUAUAUUUUAAAUGAGCUGCAGUUUUCAGCCUGGUCUGUGGAAGGACCAGGACAGACCUUUCAGAGGGUCUCAGGCUCAUUUUAAGGUUUAGAGUUCAGCAUACAGAAGCCAGUCCAGAGAGUCGUUUUUAGCUAUUUAAGGGAAAAAUCAGACCAGGGAAGCUUGGAAGAUUUUCAUCUUAAUGCUAAGCUAAGCUAAAUGGGCGUAUCCAUUGGUGUAGUGGUAGUUGAUGAGGUGGAUGUACUAGCAGGCAUAUGGGUAGGUUACCGAAGAGGAAGUAGGUAUACUCUCCUAUUCCAAUGGCUUUUUGGCUGAUAGGUGGGUAUACUAUAAACAGCCAUAUUACCUGCAUAUACCCUCCACUACACCACUGAGUGAAUCUCCCAAAAUGUCAAACUAUUGCUUUAAAGGUUUGGCGAAAACAGGACCAACUUGCUUUUGAAAAUGAUACCAAGAUUAUGAGUCCAUCCACUAGUCUAGACCUAUCCACUGAAACAACUGAUUUUGGCUUGGGACUGUGUUGUGAUAAAUGCUGGUGUGAUUGGGUGCUAAGAAGUCCUUUGUAAACCCUAAAAACCAGUUAUUAUAGUCGUACGUUAACUUGCUUCAGAUGUUUUGUUGUGUCAUGAGAAAGACAGAGCUGUGUGUCAUUGUCAUAAAAAAGUAGAAAGUGAUGCAAUGUUAAUUACAGGGGAGGAUGAGGGGCAGCAGGUAUAAUAGUGUAGUAAAAUAAAAUGGGAUAAAAUAGAUUAGCUCUACUGGAUUAAGCAUUGAAGUAUGAUCUAAACGGAAAUCUUUAUUUCAGCCUGUUUCCGGUUAUUACCUUGCUUCAUCACUGUUGUUUAACACAAUCUUGCAGUAUCCGCUCACAGAUUUAUUUUUGUCUUUGUGGUCUCCAGCAGUGAGGCGUGACUGAAGUUCAUUGAGAAACACUUCAUGAGCUUUCACUAACUUCCCCUCAGCACUUCUUUUGGGGAAUUACCCUCUCAAAUACACCUUAUGUAAAACUGACCAUAAUAACCGAGAAUGCAUUGUGAUGUGUGAGUCAACACAGUUUUAAAUGUUUAAGUGCUUGUUAAUGAAAGUAACACUUUGCUGAGUAGUUUUAGUCAUUUAUAUCUUAAUGACUAGGCUGCUCAGAGGUUACUCAGUGUGUUACAUUUUCAGCCCUAUAGUUAUUGAAAUACCAGCCUUUGUGCCCAGUGUUUAACCUGGAAUAACAUGGCUGCAGUUCUGGAACUACCAGAUUUCUCCCAAACUUUCCAGCAAAAACAGGAAAAAACACAGGCUGUGAUGAUGCAGAACAUUUUCCAGACGAAUCUUGCAGCCAUAUUUGAAGUUUGCAGAGUCUUUCUGAAUGUAGAGGAGCUGGUCUGGUUUGAGCUUCACCAGAUAACUUUGUGACUGUACUAGCUGAUUUAUAUAAUGAUAAGUCAGCUGAUGUCCAAAUUCUGUGCCCUGACACACCAAGCCGACCUCAAAGAACUGACGACUUAUCCGGGAACUGCGCAUUGGUCCGACAGCCCAUUGGUUCGACAUCCUAUUGUUCCGACCAUAUUAAACUCAUUGUUCCGAAGUCCAUUCCGAAAUCAUCAUGAUGCCCUGUGGUUAAGGUCUGGUUAGGUUUAGGCACAAAAACCACUUGGUUAGGGUCAGGAAAAGAUCAUGGUGUGGGUUAAAAUGAAAAAGAAAGUGACAAACACAUAAGCCGUGAGCCUGCUCCGCCUCAAGCCUUUCCCAGCUGACCCAGAGGUGGUCGCGGCGCACCAUACGCCUGCUGCGAGCCAUUCAGCACCACGGACAGUCGGACUAAUGGGAUGUCGAACCAAUGACAUGGACCCGACUUAUCCAAGGCUUUGCAUCUUUGCAGUCGCCAUACGUUUAAACCACGUUUUUUUGACUUCUGUCCACAGUGACACACCUGAAUAAGGGUGUCAGUUUCGGUUAGUUAACACUAACACGUGGAAACAUAGUGCCCACUGCCCACUCUCUGCCCAAAAAACGUUUUCCCAUUGACUUACGUACAUGUCAAAAGAGACGCCUGUUAGUCAGUGGAUAAAUAUUUUUAAGCAUCACCCCCACAAAGUUAAUCGUUUCACAGGAUUUGUCCCAUUUGGUACGAUAGCGUUUGGAAAGUCUGCAUGAUUGAAUCAUUUUAUCACCAUCCAAGUUAGUAGAGCGCUACACUGUAAGUAGCAGCUAAAGCUCUAUUUGGGGUGAAAGUCUAGACAGAGGAAAAUGAUGUGUUUACAAAUCGAUGUACGAUGUGUGUCGAUGUACUCUGACUCAAAAUGGCAGUCUCUCUCUUGCCUCUCAUGAGCCCAAAGCUUCAGGAAAAUGCUUUAGCAUCGGGAACACAAUUCAAUAUUAAUUUGACGGUUAUUUCUCAAUUUUAAACCCCUACACCAGCACAACAGUGUAUCAGCGCUUGUUUUAAAACUCAAGUCCCAGUAGACUGUGAAGUUCUAUCAUAAAGAAUCAGGAAUCAACUGGCUGUGGAAAUCGGAUAAUCCUCAAUUUUAGGCAUAAAAAAUAUCUCUGUGCUUCCAUUUGAUGAAUGAGAAUCAAAAUUCUUUGGAGAAAAUUUCACUGUUUUCAACACCCCACAUCUCACCAUAGUUAAAUAUCACAACUUAACAUUUUGAGCGUAUCAUUUUACUAAUUCUGAAUCACGACGUCCACUAAGUGGGGCAAAAAGCUCAUGAAAAGUUACGUUUAAACCCAGAGUCAGAUCAGAUGAAAUACUAUCGAACCCAGAUCCUAAACACAACCGCGGUGGUCAGCCAUAAACGCCCAAGGGUGACCCGAUAAAAUCCCCAGUAACCAUCAGUUGGCUUGGUGUAUCAGGGCUUUCAGCUCCAACGUCUGCAACAAAUAAAACAGGCUUCAUAUCCUAAAUCCCAAAUGUCACCGGCCUCAGAUAAUCCUGAAGGUCAAAGAGUUCACAGCACCUUAAUGGUGGGUGAUCCAUGGUUGACAAAUACGGGAAUGGAAACAAGACGAAGAGAACUGCCGCACCACAAGAUGUGGUUGAGACUGUUAGAGCUCUCAAUGAUCGAUAAUGUUAUUGAUCCUCGACUGUGGAAGUUGGGAGAUUAUUUAUUAUGAUUAAUAAUAAAGAAAGAGUCAUAUAUUACCUGAUAGUGUUCCUGUAUCGUACAGAGAACUACAGUGUGUCAUAUUGAGGCUCAAAUGAGUGUACAAGCAUGAAGUUUGUACACAGGUCAGUUUGUUGUAUGUUUGAGCUCGGAGAUGCUGGUCUCUCUGCGAGACCCAAAGCUGUUCAAUCUGAUUUUAUUUUUUUUUAUUUCGUCUUUUAUAUCAUUUUAUAUCAUUACUUUGUUUAUACUCCAAUAUCCUGCCCUCCAAUCUUUCAUCUUUUUUUUUUAUCUGAGUUAUAUCCUCCUGAGAUCCUGUGUCCUCAUUCUCAUUACAUUCUGGGUUUACUUGUCUUUAUACUUAAUUCUGCUUAAAUUAGACCUGUUGUCCUCAUUCAUGGACACUUUUUUGUGCCAUCUAGUGGCAGUAAGAGCACAAUACAAUAAUCUAUGUAACAACAAGAUGGCAGCCAUCUCUGCCAAGUCAGUCUGCAGACGAUCCUGACGCAAAAGUGGACGAGAUCCAAAACCUGAUCAUGUUUUAUGGUUGAAUCUUGUUUGUUUAUGAUUAAUAAUGUUUGUAGUUUGAUAUGGCAACAAAUUGACCAAUUUUAGUGACAGUAACAAGAUAAGAUGCCGCUAAUUAGGAAGCACAUUGACAUUGUCUCGUUGGAGGACAUUGGGACUUUAUUACUGUUGACAAUAUUUAGUUUUUUAUACUUAUCGGGCACUGAUUCCAAAUAGCUAUGAGAAAUUAAAAUGCAUACCAAACAAAAGUUCGGGUCUCAGGAGGAUAUUGGAGGUAUCUUUGAAAGGAAACAGAAAACUAAAUGUUUCGUGUCAAAAAUGUUUGGAAUCAUGUCGAUUCAAGAGUUUCUGCAGCCCAGUCGCCAGAGGAAAAUGUUGCCACUGUACGUUUUUGCAAAACAUAAAUACAUUACAUGUGCAUUUUUGAUAUGAGUCAUAUCAAUAUUUCCAGUGAGUGGCAAGACUCCUUGGUGAGUCACCUGCUAAGCUGCAGACCAUUGUCCAGCAGGGACUGUGCCACCAAAACACAAUCUUUUCCAAAUCAAAACCACGUGGAUUUGUGCCGAAAUCUAAGCACAUCUUCACCACAGCGCUGCUGAAAAAGUUUCAUCUGCUACAACUUGAUGUACAAAUGUAACAUAUCUGUGGUUUGCAGAAAUAUACAAUGUCAAUUUUUUUUCUGCCUAUUGGGUCGAUUCCUGCAUCUUAAAGCUGCAUUAAUUGUUUUUUUGGCCGCAUGUGGGCAGCAAGUCCACCUUAAAAAAACAAAACAAUAUUAUUAACUAAACCCUUCUUUACUGUAAAGUGGCAGACAGUUGUGAACAAUGCACAAUAUCAUUUUCAGUAGUCAGUAGUUUAUUCAUAUUUUUUCAGUUUUAUAUGACCAACAGUCCAAAAUCUAAUAAAACAGUCCAAAAGUUAAUUAAUUAAUUGGUCUGUUCACAAUAUAAAAUAUUGAUUAAUGCAGCUUUAAGGCAGCGAACCGCUGAUCAGUUUAUUAUGAAGUUUGCUGUUUUUAUUUUUAAGAAUUAAAGAAAAUCAGAACUAUGACCUUAUCUUUAAUCAUAUAAAUCAUCAAUGAUUCGAAUUAUAAUACUUAAGUGUCAUUUAACCACAAUGUAAGUCCCCAAUGCUGUGUAUAUAGGACCUGAUUACAAAGUUUAAAUGAAGUUAAUCUAUUGUUAAUUGAUCGAUGAUUGUUAUUGUAUGAUUAUAAAAAUGGAGAUUUUUUGUUGGCUAUGAAAUGAUGUCGCUUGCAUUCUGUCUGUAUGGCUUUAUUUGUGUUUUCCGCUAAAUAAAAUGAUUUAAAAUGGU